AUUAAUGAAUAUUUGUAUUUGUAUGUGAGAUAAUGUUGAGACAAAAAGAGCACACGCGUCAUUAAUAAGUCGCACGCGUCAUCCACAUUAACUCAUUACGAUUUACACUGCCCUACAGAGAAGAUCUCAAGAAGGAAAAGUUCAAUCUCGAGCAGUCAGACCAUUCAAGGAGUAAAGCAAAGCAGCUAGACAAGACAGUUCACCGUCAUUGACAUUGCACCACGAGCUCCCUGACCGUCUCUACAGUCAGAAGACAACUUUCUUGGAGGAGUGAAGUAGGUCCACCAUAGAACUGUGUAUCUUCCCAACUGCAAACAGCAACAGCCAACGACCGUUCCGAGCGCACAAGAUCAGAGGAACACUGCACGCAUCAUAAAACACAUAGAACAGUCAUAAAAUAUAAAACCGUAAUCUACGAACUCUCAACCUGAAGUCAUUUUGAGUUGAGUUGAGCUGGUGCCCAAAAGUAAAGACUCAGAGAAAAACAUCAAAAACGUCUGAAGGGCUAAACUACAUCACUUGGACGAAUCCUCUUGAUCAGACCUUAUCAGGUAGCUUUCAACCAAAAACAGCCACAGCCAACAACUGAGUUAACGCCUAACUGAAAAUGCCACGAUCAUUUCUAGUAAAACUCCGCGCAAAGAAAAACACGCCAAUGAUUGAAGACGAUAUUGAAACUACGAAAGGUAAGUACAUUACACUAUCUGAUUCCAUAUGUACUUUACAGGAAGCUUUAUCAUUAGUCUGCCCUCGAGCAAUUCUUUCACGCCAGGUUAAUUAUGCAUAGCGUUACUCUACCGGCCGUUAGUCAUCUCACGGAUUCAAAAAAGACAACAUGUCAUAGAGCGGAGUUUAUUCAGCAGGGAAGAUGUUUUACUACCUACUUGCCUGGAAGACAGAACUAUUUUCCCUUUCGAAGAAUUAACCAAAGGAAACGUGUUCCCUUUUCUCACUGAAAGAUUGAAAUGUCGAGAUGCGGGUAAAAUAGUUACGCCACCAUGCAUGAAUUAAAAAUCUCUAGACAAGCAAACGCAAGUGGGAAAAGGUUCGAGUUUUUUGAAAGCUAACAAUAUAUCUUCUUUUACAGAAUCAUCGUCUGAGUUUCCAGAGCAAGAGAUUUCCACACCUAUCAAUUACAACUUUGGUUUCCUUCCUAAUGAUUAUCUACAACCGUUUAACUUCUAUCAUCCAGCCUUUACAUUUGGAGCAAAAAGAAACCAAUGUAGUCCAGUAGCAAAGAUAUUUGAUCCACUAACCUUGAAUCUGACCUGGCCGUUUGUCCCCAGAUUGAUCGAGGAUACAUUUCAAAUGCGAGCAAAAGUUCUCAAUGAACGACCUCCUGAACAGACAACAGAAGAUGUCAUCAUUCCCUCGCCAACAAAAAGUGAGGACAGCGGUCCAGCAAGUCAACCUUUCUUCCCCAUAACAUUCCUGCCCAGUCCCCCUCAGCUACAAGAGAAUGCAGAGCCACAGCCUGCCCGAAAAAACACCCGUCGAAGGAGAGGAAAUGCCAACAAAACAUUUUCAUGUCAAAUCUGUGGAAAAAUCUUCAACGCUCAUUAUAACCUAACACGACAUAUGCCAGUUCAUACCGGAGCCCGCCCUUUCAAAUGUAAAGUCUGCGGUAAAGGAUUCAGACAAGCAAGUACUUUAUGUAGACAUAAAAUCAUUCACACCCAAGACAAACCUCACAAAUGCAAAGAAUGUGGAAAGGCUUUCAACCGCUCCUCCACUUUGAAUACGCACAUGCGUAUUCAUCUUGGAUACAAACCUUUUGUUUGCGACGUAUGUGGAAAAGGGUUUCACCAAAAAGGAAACUAUAAAAACCAUCGUUUAACGCACACGGGAGUCAAAGCGUUCCAAUGUCAUCUUUGUGGAAAAGCGUUUCAUCAGGUGUACAACCUUACAUUUCACAUGCACACACACAACGAUAAAAAACCUUAUACCUGUGAAAAAUGUGGAAAGGGAUUUUGUCGAAACUUUGAUCUUAAAAAACACAUGAGAAAAUUACACGAAGCCAGCAGUUAAGACUAGAACGCGUCUUAAAUUAUCGGAAGACCUCUCUCAAGACUGAUUGCACGUGACGGAGACAGCUAGGGAAGCUGUUGUUAAUUUUAUGAUACAUAACUUGACGUAAAACAAUUAAAUAUAUUGAUGGCCAUGUGCCACUGUGUAUAUAUAUAUACAUUUAUAGAUGUAUAAAUAUAUUAGCUUAUAUUUUAAUAUAUAAAAGUGGACUAUAAAGUUGGAUAGUAGAAAUGUAAAAGUAUUUAUCUAUUAUAGUAUAUAAUAAAG